AUGAAGGAGUUAGCCAAGCAACGGACUAAACAGCUGCAGGAAGAAGAGGAGGAACGGACACGAAAGCAAAAGGCUAAAGCUCUUGCGAAGUUGGAUGAGUUAAACAAACGUUCUCAAGCAGGGGAUGGAUCAACCCAGAAAGAGUAUAUUAUAAAUUCUGCCAUUCAGAAUAAGCUAGCGGAAUUACAACCGUCUGAGUCAACAACUGAAGCAGGCAAAUUUACAGCUGUCUGUUCUGCUGCUGUAAAUUGUAGUGCCAUGUGUCAGAUAAAUGACCCCAGCAUUAGUAGAGUGGAAAAAUCUCCAAUCUUGCCUGAUGAGGCAACUGUUGAGACACUGAAAAAUUCUGGCAAAGAACCUAUUCUGAAUCAUAAUCAAGCUGUGGCCCUGCACCAGGAUAUUAAUAAUGCUGAUGCUGCUAAUGCCUUGCAUGCUCUUAACAAUGUCUCCUCAAAGCAGAAGCGAAUGAGCUAUAAACAGAAGCAAAAUCUUCCUUUAGAGAAAACAUCAAGUGAAAAGGUUGUCUCUGCCACCCCAAUGAACGUUAAAGUUGAGAACGAGGCAAAGGUUGAUGCUUCUCUGUCUUCUGGUGGUGUUACAAAUGAAGUUGGUUCAGCUUCUGGCUCCGAUUUACCUGUGAAUGUAGCUUCUGUGGUUGAGUCUUCAGCAAACAUGAAAAAGAAGAAUAUGAGGAAUAGCAGAAACAAACAGAAACAUGAUGAAAGUUCAAAUCAGGCUGUACUACCAUCACCUAUACCGAAAGAAACCAAUCUUUUCAAAAGUUCAGUUGAAAGUGACAAGUCCAAAGCUUCUGACUUUGAGUUAGAUCAGGGUGUACUUCAGCCAGCAGCACCCUUGUCCAAAGAUCCAAAUCAGUUUCCAGAGCAGCACAGAUAUUCAGCAAACGAGGAAUCCCAUGGUAGAACAAAUAGCCAGUGGAAAUCACAGCAUUCUCGUAGGUUGCCAAGAAAUAUGCAGGCCAAUAGACCAGCGGAUAAAUCUCAUGGGACUGAUGCUGUGAUGUGGGCACCUGUUAAACCACAGAACAAGAGUGAGAUCAUGGAUGAAUCAGUUGAGAAAAGUAAAACCGAGGCAGUUAAUCCUGUAAAGAAUGAGCAGCAGGUGCAUAAUUUAAAAAAUAAGAGGGCAGAAAUGGAGAGAUAUAUUCCAAAACCUGUUGCAAAAGAAAUGGCUCAGCAAGGAAAUAUACUACAGGUAGCUUCAUCAAGCAGUCACGCUCCUACUGAUGAUAGCAUUGGCAGAGUUGAUUCUGGAUCACAGGGCCCUCAGAUCAUUCAGCAUAGUAAUUUAGUUGUUGGAAAAAUGGGGAUAGAGUCUAAAAAUAGAGACGGCAGGCACACUAAGCAGGGAAAAGCACAUGGGUCAUGGCGGCUUCGAAAUCUGACAGAAUCAACUAAUGUGGAUGAUGAACUGGACCAUGAUUCACACUCUGAGCCAAAUGUUCAGAGACCAACAGAGCAUCACCACGAUCAUAAGUCUGAAGUAAGCAGCUUUGUGAAAGGGCAAACUAAGCAUUUCAAUGAAUUUAUUGAUAUGGAUGGUUCAAACAAUUCCAACUGCAAUGAUUCAGCUGCUUUGACCUCAGCUCCUGUUAUUAAAGAUCAUGCAGCAACAAGUAGAGGGAGGCGGGCCCCUUUCAGAGGACACAAGGGUCCAGGAGGGAACCGUGAAGUUGAUAACAAAAGAAACUCUUGGGAGGCAGAGAGAGUUGAAAUCCGUAUUUCAUCCUCUGAGCAUGGCCAACCAGAUGUUGGGAUGGCUUCUAAAGAAAAUCGAGGUGUUGGGGAACGUUUGAUGUCUCAAUGGCAACCGAAAUCUCAAGCAUCUAAUAAUCACAGAGGGAAUAUAUCAAGUGACCAAAAUGUUAGUUCAGUAGUUGUUGGAGGUAACAAAAAGGAUCCCUCUCAUGAUGGGGAAUCUCUUCCAGUGAGCCGUGGCAAGAGUUCCAAUGCUCAAGUUUCCCAACCUGUGCAUGAUCAAGAAGUCCCUGAGAAAAGCAAAUCUGCGGAAGCUCCCUAUUAUGGAAAUCAAGAGGGUAAAAAAGAGAGACGAAAUGCUCCACCAAAAAGGCAUCACCACUCCCCAAAUUUGGCUUCUGGUACAACCUCAGUGGAGCAGGCUCUAACAAGUGCAGAUCUUUUGCACGACCAACGCCCAUCUUCUGGUUCCGGCAAAAAUGUGAACCAGAAUCGAUUUCGAAGGGGACAUGAAUCUCAUGGAGAUUUGAAGCCACCAACCCAGGAUAACAGACAUUAUAAUCAACAACCUAUAAACCGGGAAAGGCAGGGCCCGAGCAUGCAUCACGAGUAUCACACUCUUGGCCCAUAUGAUGAUUGCAAAUCAGACAACUUUGAACGACCUAAAAUUGGUAACCAUGGUGAAAGAAGAUUUAGGGAGAGAGGCCCAACUCAUUCACGCCGAGGUGGGGGAAACUCUUACGGACGCCAGGGUGGUUUUGAAUCUUAUGAUUAG